GAUUUUUUUCCACCACUAUCAAGAAUGCGUUCGUUUACUAUUAGGUUUUACUUGUGAAUUAUUUUACUUACAAAGAAAAUUAGUGCAAAUAUCAAAUAAGAACUAUUUGAAAUGGUGUACAUACACUUUCCAACCAAUCUGACGGAGGAGGAGCAGAUGCUGCAAGCCAAGUAUCAGAAAUUAAAAAAAAAGAAAAAGGCAUUACAAGCGCACAAAGCACCCAAGCAAGAGCCCGAGAGUGCAUUAACAUUAAAGCGACCAACAGAUGCGCGAGAUGCACGAGAAGUGGCUCGAAAGCUCAUCAAGAGUGGCGCCAUUCCCGCUAUUCAAAAGCAACAAACGAAACAGGAUCAAACUUCAUUCAAGCGCCCGAAAGGUCAAGAAAGAGCCAAACGCUCCACAUCGGAGACAACCGUGGCCGCCUACCAACCCUUCUCGUCGACCCAAAACGAUGUGGCUCAAGAAACGAUAAUUAGCGAAAUAAUAAAAGAGGAACCGCGCCGUCAAAAUUUAUAUCAGCAUUUUGCAACGGAACGGGAUCGAGAGGAACGCGGCUUGACGGAAAAGGCAACCUUGGACACAGCACAGCCUGAGAAACCACGUGCUGGCAACACAAUCUUUGUGUCUGGCAACAAGGUCACCGAGGAAUUCCUCAAGAAAACCUUCAAUGACUACGGCACCAUUGUGAAUGUCUCCAUGGAAAUUGAGAAGAGUCGCGGUUUUGUUUCGUUCGCCAAGCCAGAAUCAGCGGAUCGAGCUAUUGCUGAGAUGCAUGGCAAGAGCGUUAAUGGCAUUGUUUUGCAAGUGCAACUGGCGCGUCGCCAACCACAAAUUGAACCCAUCAACGAUGCUUCCUCCUCUGCCGUGUGGUCCUCCAUUGCUGCUAGUAAAUCACAAAAGGGCAGCCACAAGGAUUUACGGCAAAUGGUUCAAUACGAUGAGGAUUUCUUUGCGUAAACACAUUAGACUUUAAACACAUCUGUAGUUAGGGAUACUUAAACGAACACUUUAUCAUCAUUUCAACCAUUAUGCAUCAUUUCAACUAUUUUGUCAUCAUGAUUUCAUUCAUUGCAUCUACUUUAUUUUCCCAUGAUUUCUUCCUCAAAUUGGUAAGUUUUUUUUUUCUCAUAUCCUUUUAUAUUAAAAAUAGUGAAACACACCGAACACGAUCGUAUUUAAAUAGAUUGUUGCUUUAUUGAAAAUACGCUUCUAUAAGUAUAUAUAAUGUACUUACAUACGUUGACCAUCUCUUUUCGCUAAGUACUUGUGGUUCAAAUGAAUUAUGGCUAAUAAAACGAAAAUUAAACGAUUGCAUCAUCAAUUCGUGCAGAUUGAAAACAAUUGAUCUCCAAUAUAUAUAGUUUGUAUGUUACCUUCUAUGCCAGGUCUUAAUUAAACAACAAUUGACUUGCUUCAUUUCUUCAUUUGAUUCUCAAAAAUAUAUAACGUCGCUUAUGCAGUAGAAAAAUGAGCAAAACAUUAUUUUUUGUAUCAUUAAAAUACAAAAUUCAUAAAUAAGUUGCCAAGAAAUGACAUUAACUUUUACUUAAUUUUUAAGUACAUAAUACACAAUCUUUGCUGCUGUUCUUACUAUUGUUGUUGUUAUCGUUGUUGGUACUGAUGUAAAAUGUAUUUGGAUAUUGAUGUAUAGUACUACAAGAUACUUCUUUAAUGCAGCGAUUGAUGAUGACUGAACUGAAUUGAACUUGGGAUAUCUUUUGUUCGAUUGAAUUGUUUGUUAUGACUUUGUUUUAUGACUGUGUGUCUGUGACUAGUAGCAAUGGCAACGCCUCCUUUCGCCGCCCAUUUCGUAUUCUGCCUAAAGUAUAGAUUGUUGUGUGUAUUUUGUUAGUAUGUUUUUAGUUAUAUAUCAUUAAGGUUAAGGCCUUUGGUUUCGAGCGGUCCACGUCGGGCCGCUUUUAAAUUCGUUUCAAAUUCGCUCCAAAAUGCAAAACUGCUGCCUGUCUGCUUGCCUGCAUAUGCUCCAAGCAUCAUCAUCAUCGUUUGGCAUCCCAUCAAUCAAAACUCAGCGGUA